GGGGUAAAAGUGUAACAAAAAAAAACUAUAUAACUUAUAUGGUUAUACGAGACAAAGAAUUAAUUAGUCAUUUUCGGAAAUUAACGAGAAGGAACGUCGCAAACAUUGACUUCACGGAGAACAAAAACGACACCACCACCACCGUCAGCAACAACGAUAACAACAACAAGAUAAGUAGCAGUAACAGUACCACCAGCGACACCAUCCACAACAAUAGUUGCAGCAAAGGCAACAACAUUGAAGUGGGAAUAUAAAUUGAAGAGUUUGUCGCUAGAAAUGCCAUUCUGUGCUGGUUGAGAGACGGAACGACGUGUCCUGCUCGAAAAAGUAUUUACAACGGUAACUUACCGAAGACAAUUUAGACCCAAUCUGAGAAAGGAGAAUAUACCAAAAAUUGAAAAAUGGCAGAAGACGACACUAUUAAAUUUUUAAAUGCCGAAUUCAAUGCCAUGGACAAAGACAACGACGGAAAAUUGUCGUCUACUGAAAUUUCGGAGAUUUUGAUUUACCAAGGUAUCGAUUUAGGCGAAAGAGGUUUCCAAACAAGACUCAUUGAAAAAUAUGGAACACUUCUUACAAAGGAACAAUUUCAGGAGUUUAUGCAAAGUAUUCCAAACAAGAAACGAGAUCUACGGACUAUAUUUAAGUCAUUUCAUCAAGAACGUGAUGGUUACACCAGUAAAGAAUCCAUUUUGGAAAAAUUAACGGAAAUGAGAAUCAACAAUGCACAGGCUUUGAUCGAUCAAAUGGAAAUCGGGGUUGACGAUGGCGGACUUGUAUCCUAUGAAAACUUUUUACGAGUUUACUUCAAAAGCAAGCAACAAACUCAUUCCUAAAACAAGAAUGCAGAAGCAUUUUUUGGUAUUUAGUGGCACUUUAUAAACAAAUUGUGCUCAAAACCCCAAUCAAGAAGUGACUCUUGAGAAUAUCAUAGUUACAGUCACCAAAAUAUGAAGGAUCACAUCACAUGGAUGGGUAAGAAUACUGGGACAAACUGACACUUGUUUUUGACCUACCAUUCCUCUGCAUGAUGAUUCUCUCUCUUUCUGUGACCUACUUCAUUUUUUUACUACCUGAAUCACUUGGUUCUAACCCUAGUCAGGUUUUUCUUCAACUAACAUUAUUUGUUCCCAAUCUAAACUCAUUCAAACUGCAUCUAAGAUCCUAUUCCUGUCUAUCAUAAUCUUCCAAUCAAACAUUUGUCAACAAAAAAUUCUCAUCAAUUUAUCUUGAUCUCCUUUGUUUUGGAAUAAGGACAAUUUUUGUGUUGGUGUUUUUGUUUAAUCUUUUCAUCCAUGGAACUCAAUGCCAUAAUUAGUAAUCUCAUAGUAUUCUCUCUGGCAGCAUUUAAAUUUCACUCCAAAUAAGAUCCCCGUCUCCCUCAGAGCAUUAGUCUUCUCGAAUGACUUCCUUAUCUGUGUUUAUCAACUUGAAAUUAUUAAAGAGGAACAUUUAUGGCAUCAAUCUUGACAAUCUUUGAAAAUCUUUGAGAAAAAAGCAAAAACAAAAUAGAAAAGAAAAGCACACAUUCCAUUAAUGUCUUCAAAACUGGAAUUAUUUUUUCUCUGUAAAAAUGUCCUGCUUCAUAAAAUUGACCUUUGCCAUGUUGGCAAUUUUUGAAAUUGUUACUUUGGCACUGUACAUUACUUAUGCAUAGAAAUUUUCAGAUCUUCAUAAAAAGUAAUUGAGAAAAAAAAAUGACCUUAGUUGUGGACUCAUGUCCCAUGAGUAGCCUUCAACAUUUUCAGUCUAAAAGGGAUUUUCAGUUCAAUGUUUACAUGCUGUUAUUUAUAGAUUUAUGUGUUCUUUGAGAUCCACUAUUUCAAAAAACUAUUAUUUCAUGUUAUCUCAAAAGUUUAUACAAAAAUUUUUACUACAUCAAAAUUAAAUAUAUAUAUAUAUUCUUA